AUGCUGCUCCCAAUACUACUUCUCUCCGGCCUUUGCGGUCGCGGGCCUUUCUCCGUAGCUGCCAUCACAGUCCCUGUCGACUCCGACGUUGACCCACUCCCGCUAUCAACCGCCGGCACGGUGAAGUCUGCGUCGGAGCUCCUUCGGCAGAGUUGUCCGGAAGAGUUCCCCCCACGCACGCCAUACUCGCCGGAGCUUCUCAUGUCAUCCUUUGCCGAUUUCGGCUCAGACGAUGACAGCGCCUUUGCCAAUGGUACAAUCUUCCAAUCGUCAGACAGUCUCGUGAGAGGCGCAAUCGAAGCAUGGGGCCAGCAUCAGAGCCUUGUUCUCCGGCCCGAUGAGGUAUGGUUCGAGAUUCUGGCGCAGCUCAAUUUCUACAUGACUGCGCAUGCUGAAGAUGUACGACAUCUGUUCGUCGAUCACGAAGGCAAAGAGGAGAUUCAGGUGUGGCGCCUCUCAUGGCAUGACGUGAUAGCAGCGUUUGGAGGCGAGAUCCAGCAGAGGGUCAAGACAGAUUGGCUGCUUGAUUGGAUCAUGCCCAACUUCACCACGAGCGACGACAACGAUGGCCUCACAGCCACCGUCCUGAUGAUGGGCUUGAUGCAACACUACUUUGAGUUCAGCGGAGGCAUCACCUGUGGCCUCCCUGAGGUGACACUGCUGGGAGAGAGAGACGACUGGGAGAAGCUGCUCGGCAAGCUGGACAGGCUGAAGGAGUGGGGAGAGGAGCCGGCAGACUAUGCCGAGCGGCUACGCCCAAUCCUGACACGCUUCGUUCUCACAUGGGAUGAGCCAGAUGGCGACGAAGUCAAGGACUUCUGGAAGAACAUCGUCCGCUCGCAGAGGCUGGUAACGUGUGGCGCGGGACCCGCCGACUACAGCAUCUCAGGGUGGAUUACCGGGUUCCUGCACUGGACCGAGGAGGGCGAUCUGAGGAUUCCACGCGAGGUUGAACAGGACUUCCAGCCCUCGGACAGCGACAUUGUGCUCGACGGCAUCCCGUACUUCUCGACGACGCUCGACAACGUGCCCGUCGGCUACGCAAAGGCGCCGCUCAAGAUGCUCGACUACCCAAGUCAGGGGACAAACACAAUGGCGUAUCUGCUGGCGGGCAAUGUCGGGGUCAAGAGACUAGCGGUGGCCUCAAGCGAAACGCCGGGGCAUCAGGAUCAGGACUUCAAGGUGACGGCGCAGCCGAUGAGUGCGUGGUUCCUGUUUGGACCCGUAAAUGCGACC